AUGUCGGCAAAACUUUUUCCACGAAUUCUCUGGCUCCUCUUUUUGCUGGGGUUAAACUUCGCGUUUUCUGAUUAUAUGGAGUGCCUGAACUACGGUACUCUAGAAGAAGAAAAAGCGAAUGAAGUGUUCAAGGACUGGCCUGUUAAUCUGGACUUGGCAACAGUUCAUAGGACCCACAAAUGUUAUGUUGCAUGCAUUUUUUAUUAUUAUGGCAUAGUAGGUUCAGAUGGUGAGCUUCGUCUGGACAAAUACUUCGAUAAUGGAAGCAUAAAUGAGCUUGCGGUUGCUCCUAAUCUUCGUCGCUGUGGCCAUGAGUUCAGAAAUGAGAAAGAUUUUUGUGAGCAUGUUUUCGGAAUGUUUGACUGUUUUAGACAGGGGAUGGUUUUUGGUUAA